AUAAUUGGACGUUGAUUACAGUUUAUUUGAUGAUCAUGUUCAAUGGAUGGUAGGGAAUGUCGAUCGUUAUCGCAAGAGCUAUGCGGGUUUUAUGUUGCAAGAGAAGAGACGCUUGGGGCGCCUUUAUGGAAAUACCGGGGUUUGAUUGGUAGACAGACGAAGCGUUGCGCUUGACAACCGAAGGGGCUGGGUAGCAGGCGACUACCAGUAGCAGAAAUCGAUCCGAGAAGACAACAGAAAGGGAGAGACAAACAACAAAAGAGACUGACGAACAAAACGAAGAAGAAUCGCUCGGACAGCUACGAUUUUCAACAACAGAAACAAAUCUAAGGAGCGUGUCUUUUCAGCCCAUGUAUUUUUAGACCAAGCCUGUCGUCACCAUGACAGCGGAGGAGAUCAUCAAUGUGAAGGAGGUGGAGAUCAUCAAGGUGAUCCUAGACUUCCUCAACUCCAGGAAGCUCCACAUUAGCAUGCUGGCCCUGGAGAAGGAGAGUGGAGUCAUCAACGGACUCUACUCUGACGACAUGCUCUUCCUCAGGCAACUGGUGCUAGAUGGGCAGUGGGACGAGGUGCUUCAGUUUAUUCAGCCGCUGGAGUGCAUGGACAAGUUUGACAGGAAAAGGUUCCGUUACAUCGUCCUGAAGCAGAAGUUUCUAGAGGCCCUGUGUGUGAACAACGCCAUGUCUGCUGAGGAUGAGCCACAGCAUUUGGAGUUCACCAUGCAGGAGUCGGUGAAGUGUCUUCAUGCCCUGGAGGAGUUCUGUCCAUCUAAAGAUGACUACAGCAAGCUAUGUCUGCUCCUCACUCUGCCUCGUCUCACCAACCACGCUGAGUUCAAGGACUGGAACCCCAGCACGGCACGGGUGCACUGUUUUGAGGAGGCGUGCACCAUGGUGGCAGAGUUCAUCCCUGCAGACAGGAAGCUGAGUGAGGCGGGGUUCACUGCCUCGGGGAACCGCCUCUUCCAGCUCCUCAUUAAAGGAGUUCUGUAUGAGUGCUGCGUAGAGUUCUGUCAGAGCAAGGCGACAGGUGAGGAGAUCACGGAGGGCGAGGUGCUCCUAGGGGUGGACAUGCUGUGUGGGAAUGGCUGUGACGACCUGGACCUGUCCUUACUGUCCUGGAUGCAGAACCUGUCCCACAGUGUCUUUUCCUGUGCCUUCGAGCAGAAGUUGCUUCAGAUCCAUGUGGACCGCCUGGCCAAGCCUGCCAAGGCCAGCUACGCAGACCUCCUCACCCCUCUCAUCAGCAAACUAUCCCCCUACCCCUCCUCGCCCCUCCGCCGCCCCCAGUCCGCAGACACCUACAUGUCCCGGUCUCUGAACCCGGCCCUGGAUGGCCUGUCAUAUGGGCUGUCUGGCCAGGAGAAGAGGGGCCCAGGGGGGGACACGGCAGGGAGGAAGGGGAUGUCCCCCAUGUCUCAUUCCUUCGCUAACUUCCACACGGGGGGUCAGAGUCUGAGCAGGAGUCUGAUGCUGGACAGCUAUGACUGCCACAGCAUCUUUGAGGAGUCUCCUGAGAGCUCCAGGACGGACACGCCCGUGGAUAAGAUGAUGAGUUCAGGCACCCUGCGCCCCGACUCCGCCCCUGGAGAGGACGCCCCGUCACCUGGCUCUGCAGAGAGGAAUGAGUUGCGUGACUCGACAGAGAAGUUUGAAGAGUUCUACCGCCAGCGUUUGAGGGUCCAGCAGCACCUGGAACAGAAGCAGCAGCAGAGACAACUCUACCAGCAGAUGCUGCUGGAGGGAGGGGUACAACACAGUGACCAGCCAGCCCCCGGGACAGACGCCAUGCAGCACAGCCUCACUGAGAAGUUCCUCAACAGGUCUAUUCAGAAGCUGGAGGAGUUGAAUUUAGGGAUGGAGAGUCUAGGGGAGGAGGUCCAGUCUCUGUCCCAGCAGUGUAACGGCACAGGCCCGACCCCCGAGAACAACAACAACGGUGACCCCGCAGGCCUGACCCCUGACCCCACUGUGACCCUGACCCCCGAGCAGGGCCGCCCUCAGGGAGGAGGGGUGGUCAGCAGCACCCCACAACGCCCCGCAGGGGGACGGGAGGUGCCCCCACCUAAUGAAUCCCCCGUGGUCUCCCAGAGUCCCCAGAAAGUAGCUGGACAGACCUCUGGAUUAGAUGACUCGCCAGGAGCCCUGACCCGGAGUAAAGAGGGGGACAAGGCCAAGCCCCUGUUUGUAGCUGUGAAUACCCUGGAAGACACUCAGGCAGUGCGCGCUGUAGCCUUCCACCCCACGGGAGCGCUAUACGCCGUGGGCUCCAACUCUAAGACGCUACGCGUGUGUGCCUACCCAAACACACCACUGGACACCAGUGGGGUAUCAGGUAUGACCAAGCAGCCGGAGGUUCGUUUUAAGAGGAAUAAGCACCAUAAGGGUUCCAUCUACUGUGUGGCCUGGAGUCACUGUGGACAGCUGCUAGCCACUGGCUCCAACGACAAAUAUGUCAAAGUCCUGCCCUUUAGCUCAGAGACCUGCAACGCCACAGGUCCAGACCUGGAGUUCAGUAUGCACGACGGUACCAUCAGAGACCUGGCGUUCAUGGAGGGACCAGAAAGUGGAGGGGCCAUUCUGAUCAGCGCCGGAGCUGGAGACUGUAACAUCUACACCACUGACUGUCAGAGAGGACAGGGCUUACACGCUCUCAGUGGACACACAGGUCAUAUCCUGUCUCUGUAUACGUGGGGAGGGUGGAUGAUAGCGUCAGGCUCUCAGGACAAGACUGUGAGGUUCUGGGACCUGAGAGUACCGAGCUGCGUUAGAGUGGUGGGCACUGCCUUUCAUGGAUCAGGCAGUCCUGUUGCCUCGGUAGCGGUGGACCCUAGCGGUCGUCUCCUAGCGACGGGCCAGGAGGACAGCGGCUGUAUGCUUUAUGACAUCAGAGGGGGACGCAUGGUGCAGACAUACCGGCCCCACUCCAGUGAUGUGCGCUCCGUUAGGUUCUCCCCCGGGGCACACUACCUGCUCACUGGUUCCUACGACACCAAGGUCAUGAUCAGCAACCUGCAAGGUGACUUGACGAAGCCGUUGCCCCUGACUCUGGUAGGGGAGCACGGUGACAAGGUGAUUCAGUGCAGGUGGCACACGCACGACCUGUCCUUCCUCUCCUCCUCCGCUGACCGUACCGUCACACUCUGGACACACAACCCCUAACACACACACAACCUGUCCUUCCUCUCCUCCUCCGCUGACCGUACCGUCACACUCUGGACACACAACCCCUAACACACACACAACCUGUCCUUCCUCUCCUCCUCUGCUGACCGUACCGUCACACUCUGGACACACAACCCCUAACACACACACACACGACCUGUCCUUCCUCUCCUCCUCCGCUGACCGUACCGUCACACUCUGGACACACACUCAACUAAACCCCUAGUACACACACACAACCUGUCCUUCCUCUCCUCCUCUGCUGACCGUACCGUCACACUCUGGACACACAACCCCUAACACACACACAACCUGUCCUUCCUCUCCUCCUCUGCUGACCGUACCGUCACACUCUGGACACACAACCCCUAACACACACACACACGACCUGUCCUUCCUCUCCUCCUCCGCUGACCGUACCGUCACACUCUGGACACACACUCAACUAAACCCCUAGUACACACACACAACCUGUCCUUCCUCUCCUCCUCUGCUGACCGUACCGACACACACUCAACCCAACCCCUAGUACACACACAGUGGACAUGAAUAACCUAUAAUACACAACCUGGAUGCACCCUACACUCCCUCACCAGUUGCAACCAACAGGACGGUUUAUCCCUCUGGAGUGAAGUCCGAGUGGUUGUAUCAAGGUUUGAUUUCAUGCUGGGCUCCCCUCACAUCACUGCUUCUGGGAACAACUCUCACUCUGGCAACUGCAUCCUGUACUUAGUGGUUCAACAGGUGUGUCUGGGGGGUGGGAUACAAUGGGGGAAGUACACCAACUGGAGAUGUUUUGCUAUAGUGCAUUGUUUCAUAUGGUGCCUUGAGUUAUCCAGUUUCCACAAGAGCUUUAUCAAUACAGAAACCCACGUGGGUCCUCUCCAUUUCGGGGUCAAAGUUAUGUGACAUCAUUCCAGAAACAAAAUGCACAGUCAGUGUGUUUUGUUACAACUUGUUACCAUGCUGCUAUUAUUUGAGAAGAAACCAAUGUUGUGAUCUAAACUGCUGACUGUGUGGUUCAUUACAUCAGGUGAUCAGUGUGGGAUAUCAACUAUCGAGUUGAAUCUGUUGCGUUGAUCAAUUAGCUGUUGUCAAUACUACUAGUAUACCCCUAAUGUGGAACUUUCCGAUGUCUAACGCUACUGUGCAAGUUUACCUAUCUGGCUUUGUAAAAAAAUAUAUAUACUUUUGGGGGGGGACUUGUACGUUGUCGUGUUUAGUGCAAAAUGCUAUCUUCGGGCAGAUAUGCUAUUUCUUGCAUUGGCUUGCUUACAAAUGGAAAAAUAAAAUACUGGUUUUACAUCGACAUGGAAGGGAAUUACAGAUCUACUUUUUGGCUUGGCCAGAUGCAGCAGCGUACAGUUAAGUUGUAAGCAACAAUCACUUGUAUAGCUUUACUUAGUUCUGCAAUGUUACUGGUUGUUACCUAGAUGGCAGUCUUUGACCAUUUAAAAGGGAUUCUUAUGCACAAUGAAAUCUUAGAAAAAGCUCGACAUCACAUUUAUGAACCUGUAUUGAGGGCCAUGUUUAGUUUCUGUAUCUAAUGUUGGCACCAGACACUUAUCAAGAUGCAGGCUUGAGUUUUAGGCUUUGUUCAUCAAUUUUAAAAUAAGUCCAAACUAAUAAUGUAUUUGUUAUAUUGUAUGUCUAGUCAUGAUUUUCUGUUGAUAUGAAAUAAGAUGGUGGUUCUUGUAUUUAGCUUUUAUAAAAACUUGUUUUAAGAAGUGACUAAGAGAAAUGGAAGUGUGUUCUCUGCGGUGGUAUGUAAAUAAAAGCCUCUGACCCUUGA